CUCUGAUCAUCAAUUGAUGGAUCUUCAGUUUCACACAAUGAUUCCGAUUCAACUCAAACGUUCAACUACUUUGUACGGGGAACAACGUGAAUUUUGCUGCAGACAUAGGUCAGGUCUAGACUUGACUCCGGUCCAGGUUGAGUCACAGGCUAGGUUAAUUAGCGGCCGGUCAUGAUAUGCAUGAUAGCCGAAGUACAGCCUCGUGGCCGUGACUGGCCAGUACUUCGCCACACUGUGGCUGCGUGAUUCCUCCAGAGCCUCAAAUGCAUGUAGUAUUAAUACCAACGUCGUCUCGUCAUCCAAAAGGGAAAACCAUAGAUACCCUUCGUCUUCGCCAAAUACCUUCCACUGGGUUUCGGCUCUUUGCACAACUUUGGAGCGGCCAGUGUUUACACCUGUAAAAUUCAUAUGUCGAAGAACGUGGUCAUCAUUGGCCAAUCUGGGGCGGGGAAAAGUUCCCUCAUUAACAUGCUCUGUCCCGGGGCCGAUGCUCGUAUCUCGAACGACGCAACUGGUUGUACACAGGAGGAGCAAGAGUACACAUGUGUUCUUGGGAGAGGAAAAUCUUGUCAGGUACACGAUACAAUUGGUCUCGAAGAAGGGCGAUGGGGCUUCCUUCCAGACAAGAAAGCGCAGAAGAAGCUCAAAACGUACCUGAAGGAUUCGCAAAAAUCCUGGCACCUUCUGGUAUACUGUAUACCGGGAAGCCGGGGGCUUAAGAAAUCGCAUGCGCGCAACUUCAAUAAGUUCAAGUCAAUGGUGGGCAAUAGAGUGCCGGUCGUAGUGGUCGUUACCCAUUUGGAUCAAUACGAAGGUCCUUUGCAAGAUUGGUGGCCGAGGAAUCUGGAUACUCUCAAAAAACUUGAUAUCAAUCCGGAGUCUACUGCAGGGCAUGCAUGUAUCACUGCAUUAUCCAGGCGUGAUCUUGAGAGAUACAAUAAAGGAGCGCUUUACAAUCAAUCUCUUCAGGACGUCCAAAAUCUUAUUAGAAGCAUUCUUUGGCCCAGCAGGGCUAACAGGACCACUACCUAACU